CAACAAUAAUGAAUGGAAACACGUCGUAGCCAAGAAAGUUCAGCAGUGACCGUGGGCAUUUGAAGGUAUCUGUAAAAGGAAUUUUUCUGAAAAGUAAUGGAUUGGCCGGGCAGAUCAGGAAGUGCUUUAUGGAAGAGAACUCAUCUGCGCUUUUAUUGUUUCUUCUGAAAGUGAAGUUUGGAUGGAAGCUACAGUGGAAAACACUGUAAACCCAGGCGUGAAUGGCAUUUUGGGACAGUAACACAACACUCCUGCGCUGUCAGCUCUGUGUCCCACUGUGGAGAAGAAGUGGAUUAUUUGGAUGAAGUGGUUGGAAUUACACAGGAGUUCUUUUAUUCGUAUUAUAACUUGGAUAACCAGUAAAAGUAAGCGUUUCAAAGUGAACUACUAGAGGCACUACUGGGUUAAAAUGGGUAAUAUUGAAAGUGUGGACGGCCAGUCGGAGAUGAAGCAUCACAUCAUGCCUCUGAAGGUGCCCAUGCCUGACCCCACGGAGCUGGAGGAGAAAUUCGCAAUAGUUUUGAAUUCUAUGAACCUGCCUCCAGACAAAGCCCGGCUCCUCCGACAGUACGAUAAUGAGAAAAAGUGGGACCUCAUCUGUGACCAGGAGAGGUUUCAGGUGAAGAAUCCUCCUCACACUUACAUCCAAAAGCUGCGGGGAUACUUGGAUCCUGGAGUCACGCGAAAGAAAUUUCGUAGGCGAGUGCAGGAGUCUACAAAGGUCUUAAGGGAGCUGGAGAUCUCACUGAGGACAAACCACAUCGGGUGGGUCAGGGAGUUCCUCAAUGAUGAGAACAGAGGCCUUGACGUUCUGGUGGAGUACCUCUCCUUUGCCCAGUGUGCUGUCAUGUUGGAUUUUGAGGGGCUGGAGAAUGGGGAUGAUGGCUACUUGGACAAGGCUAAAUCUUGGAGCAGGUCAAUAGAGGAUCUGCACAGUAUGGGCACCCAACCCUUCUGCAACACACUGGUGCGUUCUGCUCGCCAGUCUGUCCUCCGCUAUGGCUCAGUUACAAACAGCAAAACCAUCAAGAAUUCCCGCCUCGUGAGCCAAAAAGAUGAUGUGCACGUGUGCAUCAUGUGUCUGAGAGCCAUCAUGAACUACCAGUAUGGCUUCAAUAUGGUCAUGUCUCACGCACAUGCAGUCAAUGAAAUUGCUCUCAGCUUGAACAAUAAGAACUCACGGACAAAAGCUUUGGUCCUAGAACUGUUGGCUGCCGUCUGUCUGGUCCGAGGAGGUCACGAAAUCAUCCUUUCAGCAUUUGACAAUUUCAAAGAGGUGUGUAAGGAGAAGCAUCGUUUUGAGAGACUGAUGGAGUACUUCCGUGGUGAAGAGGGGAACAUUGACUUCAUGGUGGCUUGCAUGCAGUUCAUCAACAUUGUGGUUCACUCAGUUGAGGACAUGAACUUCAGAGUCCAUCUGCAGUAUGAAUUCACCAAGCUGGGGCUGGAUGACUAUCUGGAGAAAUCUAAACAUACGGAGAGUGACAAGCUGUCAGUGCAGAUCCAGGCCUACCUGGAUAAUGUAUUUGACGUGGGUGGUCUGUUGGAGGAUGCAGAGACAAAGAAUGCAGCGCUGGAGAAGGUGGAGGAACUAGAGGAGCACCUGUCUCAUGUGACGGAGAAGCUGCUGGAGGUCGAAAAUGAAACAAUGAUGAAGGUAGCAGAUUUGGAGAAGGUGGUCCUUCAGAAAGAUAAGGACCUACACGCAAUACGGGAGACGUACGAGUCGACCAACACCCAGGUCAACACCCUGAGGAGGAUGAUCAAGGAGAAGGAUGCCGCCUUCCAGAGACACUUCAACAUUGAGAGGCGGCUGCUGGAGCUUGAACAGCAAGGAACGAUCCGUUUGCACAAAAAGCCUGAUGGAGACAUUUCCAUUGAGCCUUUGGGUGUAGGUGCUGUCGGAAUCCCUCUGGGAGACAUCGGACAACUGUCUUUAGGUUCUACAGCCGCACUAACAGAAAUAGGAGGUCCAGACACCAGUCUACCACCAGCCAGUGAAGCACCCCCCCCACCUCCUCCACCGCCGCCGCCUCCACCUCCUCUCCCCUCUGCUGCAGGGCCAAGUGCACCAGUCCCACCUCCACCCCCGCCUCUCGCUCCACCUCUACCAGAAGCCUCUCCCUCAGUUAUCCUGAGUCUGGGUCUGUCAGCUAUCAGGAUAAAGAAGCCCAUCAAGACUAAGUUCCGUCUGCCUGUGUUUAACUGGACGGCGUUGAAGCCCAACCAGAUCAACGGCACAGUCUUCAAUGAGAUAGAUGAUGAACGCAUCCUAGAGGAGCUGGAUCUGGAGAAGUUUGAGGACAUGUUUAAGACCAGAGCUCAGGGUCCAGUUGUGGAUCUUUCCUGCACAAAGAGCAAAGUCGCCCAGAAGGCAGUAAACAAAGUCACUCUGCUGGAUGCAAACCGCUCCAAAAACCUGGCCAUCACCUUACGAAAGGCAAACAAGACCACAGAAGAGAUCUGCAAAGCGAUAGAGAAGUUUGACCUAAAGGCUUUACCAGUGGACUUCGUGGAGUGUCUGAUGCGCUUCCUGCCCACGGAGGCAGAAGUCAAAGUGCUGCGUCAGUACGAGCGCGAGCGGCGUCCACUGGACCAACUAGCAGAGGAGGACCGUUUUAUGCUUUUAUUCAGCAAGAUUGAGAGGCUCACUCAGAGGAUGAACAUUAUCACCUUUGUUGGGAACUUCGCAGACAAUGUCAACAUGCUCACGCCACAGUUGAAUGCAAUCAUCGCCGCCUCUGGCUCGGUGAAAUCAUCCCCAAAGCUGAAAAGAAUGCUUGAGAUAAUUCUAGCCUUGGGAAACUACAUGAACAGCAGCAAAAGAGGCUGUGUGUAUGGUUUCAAGUUACAAAGUCUUGAUCUGCUGCUGGACACGAAGUCUACAGACAGGAAGAUGACCCUGCUCCACUACAUAGCCCUCAUUGUGAAGGAGAAGUACCCAGAGCUGGCCAAUUUUUACAAUGAACUGCACUUUGUGGAUAAAGCUGCAGCAGUGUCUUUGGAAAAUGUGCUGCUGGAUGUGCGGGAGUUGGGAAAAGGCAUGGACCUGAUACGGAGAGAGUGCAGUCUGCAUGAUCAUUCAGUCCUCAAAGGUUUCGUCCAAGCGAGUGACACACAGUUGGACAAGCUGCAGAAGGACGCCAAGACAGCAGAGGAAGCCUUCAACAAUGUGGUGAACUACUUCGGAGAGAGUGCCAAGACGACUCCACCCUCUGUGUUUUUCCCAGUGUUUGUGCGCUUUAUCAAGGCUUACAAGGAUGCAGUGGAAGAAAAUGAACAGAGGAAAAAGCAGGAAGAAGCAAUGAGAGAAAAGUUACUGGCUCAGGAGGCUAAACAACAUGACCCCAAGGUCCAGGCUCAGAAGAAGAGGCAGCAGCAACAGGAGCUGAUCGCAGAGCUGCGCAGGCGGCAAGCCAAGGACCACCGGCCCGUGUACGAGGGAAAAGACGGCACAAUUGAGGACAUCAUCACAGUACUGAAGAGCGUGCCCUUCACAGCCCGCACUGCUAAACGCGGCUCACGGUUCUUCUGUGAAGCCAACCUCUGUGACGACGCCAACUGCUAGCCCUCCCCCCUUAAUGCCAAGAUCUCCGAAACCAGCCUUUCCUGCGAGCUGACGCGUUGAUCCGGAGCGGUUGGAAGAGACCCUAAACCACUUAUUCGUCACUUAUACUCCCCCCUCCCCCCCGAUUAUAACCCUCCUCCCUGUGUCCUGAUGGUCCAUCUCAACCCUGAGGCUGCAGAUCACAAAGGGGGACUGAAAAAGGGGACAGGACAGAGCCCUUGUUUUAGCCGGGUAAUUUAUUUAUUUAUGGAGGCCCUUUAAAGCCACUUUAAGCGAGAAGGCAUCAAGCACAAUGGGGUUACUCGUCUCUUACUCCCUGCUCUGUUGAGAGCUAAACUGGAGUCAGAGGACGACUUCAUACAGGUGAGCCGAGAUGAGGGAUGGCUUUUUGGACCAUGAAGCAGCAGGAAGCCACUUCCACUGACAAAGGCCUGCCAACAUGUGGAUCUCAUUCCCAACACCAUUAAUUUCCUCAGAUUAUGCAGUUCAUUGCAGGACUUCAGCUGGGAGGCAGCCAAGGGAAGAUGCCAACUCUGCUGCUGGGAUGUUUGUCUUGAAAACACUCAGAAAACUUCAUCUAAAUAACAGAGAAGCUUCAAGAUUAUAAAGAGACAUUCGGGGACUGUUUCGUAACAUGAAGCCGCAUUGAAUCAAGACUUUAUGACAAUUCAAACUUUGCUUCGAGCGGACCCUUCUGUUCAUCUUUUGGACGAGCUAGACAAACCAAAAUAUCUCAAAUGUCUCAUGUUUUGUGUCAAAAGUGCCUUGUGUGUAAACAGUGUUAUUUCAUGUGAGUCAGCCAUAAUCCUUCAUUUGUUAAAAGAUUGUAUUUUUAUUGCCUUGUACUAUAACAUUAUCUUUACUGUUCUGAAAAUAUGCAAAGACUGAAAAUUCAUUUUCAAGCUUUUAAAGGCACACAGCAGCUACAGGGUUAGGGGACUGAAGCAAAAAGGAAAAUGUGUAAGAUGACUUUUCCUUUUGGUGUUUCUAAGCUCGUAACUGACAUGAGUCUUUACGUCUUUGUGCCUUGUCCAAGAAGUUGUUGAAGAAUGAAUGUGAUAAACCAUGACAACACUUUCUGUCACGUCUUCAGUGGCACUUUGGAAGUGACAAAUGUAUGUAUGAAGAAGAAUCCAUAUGGACUGCUGUUGAAGGGCUCAGAUAAUGUUGGGUUAAACUUCCAUACAAUAGGUCUGGUGGUGGAUGAAGGAUGUUUCCUUUUGUUUUAAGCUUUUUAGCCUCUGUCCUAGUACAGGCGAUCUUUUCCCUCCUAACAUGUGUUGAGACUUACAGACUGUGCCCGAAGACACAAAGGGAGCGACUUUACACUACUUCAUUUGGCUUAACAUUGUAUGAGACACUAUUGUUAAUGCGGACAUUUAUAUUAAUGUACAUUCCAAGCAAGAAAUUUACUUUUUAGAAAACUGAUUCAUAUGAUUCUAUUGACUCGGAGAUGACACUUUGUUUAAUAAAUAAGAUGAAUUAUGUAACUACAAGCCUGUUAUUCCUCUAUGGGUAAAAGUGGUCUUUCCUUGAUGAAGCAACAUCCAAACAAGCAAUUUCUACAUGUUCAUGUUUUAUUUUGCACUUUUGUGGAUAGUUUAUGUUAAUUACUGAUGAUCUCCAGCACGAAGUAAUGAGCGCUUACCUUUCCUCACCAUCUCUCCAAAUGACUGACAGAGCCACUGCACAUUUCUACUAUAAAAAUCCAUUUAAUUUCUUAUAUCAAAAAGAAAUAUAAUCAUAACAAAACAAUCAGAACCACAAGUAUCCAUGUGGGUUUUUCGCCACCAAAAGAAUUUCUCCAACUGAAAAAUGAUUGUUCUAGUUCCCAUGUUCUGGUGAAAAUCAACAGAGCAAGAUGUAAAAAACAAAAAAAAAACACAAAACAAAAAAAAAAAAAAAAUCCCAAUAAAUUGAUGAAUACUGUUAACAAGUGUAGGGAAAAGCAAGAGUGUUUCCUCUAGGAUGGGUGUGUGUAAGCACCAUGCAGAGUGAUAUGGUAGGUAUGGCUGAUAACCAAGGUUAAAAGCAGUGUUAAAAGCUGCGUGGUGCCACAGAGAGCAACACUUAAAAGACUAAAAUCCAGGCCGACAGAAAGACAGAUGGUUAGCAUUAGCAGCAAGGCAAAGGAAUUAACAAAGGAAUGCUUAUCAGGAAGCUGAUCAGUCCCCUUCCUGGGGACUUGGCUUAACAAUGAGCUUUAACCUAAAUUACAUGUCCAUGUAAUUACAUACAAUUUAAGAAAAGAAAAAUGUUCAAUCUCCCACAGAAGUACGUACCAUCAAACGGUCUCCCUGGCCUUUCCUGAAAGUACAUUUACAAUCAAAGACAAGGAACAAAAGCUAAAUGCAACCAUUCUCAGCUAAUUAUUUGCCACAGAUUGCUUUUCAGUGAUGACCGGAAAUUCACAGAAGCUUGUUUCCACUCCCAAAUAAAACUUUCUAGAUCAGUUUCAGAGCAGAAUCCGGCUCUGUCGAGAGUGUCCUGCAGUAGGCUAAACCAAGGCCACAGAUAUCCAUCCCAGACUUUUCAUCCUGGAAUGUGGACUUUAUUACAAUCAUCUUCAUCCAGCACGCACACACACCGCCAUUGACUCAUUCAUUGCUGACGCAAAGUAUGUCAAUUAUACAAUGACUAAAAAAAAAAAAA